AUGACUAAAAAAUAUCACUUUACGAUUGCCGAAAACAAAUUAAAGAAAGAACGGACCGGAAAGAUUGUAGAUAAUAACCGACAUAAAAAAAGAAAGAAGAAAUCCAAAAACAAUCAAAAGCAGUUGUUUAAAACAGACAAAGUAAGUGAUAUAAAUUUAAAAUCAACUGAUUUGUCGAAAAAAUAUUGUGAUCAGGCCAUAUGCAAAGACAACAAAGAAUUAAAAAAAUUAAAAAAUAAAAAAACAGAUACCGAUUUGACAAAAAAUAAAAAAUCUCAUAAUCUAAUUAGUGAAAAACCACCGAGCUCAACUGAGUCAAGAAAGUCAUACGUGUUUAAGAAGCGGAUCGUUAGUCGAUCGAAAAAUUAUGAUUUUAUUUGUUACAGUAAUCGUUUUAACCAUUUACCUGAAAACCAUAAUUGUAUAGAAUUGUGCAAUAAACAAGACCAUAAAAAAAAUGAUCAGAAGAAUUGUCAAUUAAAUAAUGAAAAGGUUAAUGAUCAAUUGGAUAAUUCAAUUACAGCAGUCACGCCUUCAAAUGAUAAUGACAGUGCAAACAAAUGUUCAAAUUCAAUUUUUUAUACAAUUCAAAAUGAAGAAUCAUUGUACAACAGAAAUAUGAAUUUUAAUGAUAUUAAAACAAUAUUCAUCAAUAAAGGAACCAAAUACAUUAAAAGUAAAAAUUGUCAGUAUACAGACAAUUUUAUAAAAAACCAUGAAAUGAAUAUUUUCAAUGAUUACCAUGGUAAACAUCAAUGGGAUUUUUAUAGUCAUAAUGGUCAAAAUACUUAUAGUAUAAAUAAAAUUGAAAAUCCAAAGAGAAAUAAAUAUACUAAGAAUAUAAAACCAAUAAUAGAUACGCAUCACAAGAACGAAUACGAAAAAAGUUUGGUUUACAUAGGCCCUGAGUAUACGGAUCAGGAAAUUACAAAAAAUCAAAAAUUAAAUUUGGAGGACAUGGAUAUUAAUUUAAAUCAAUUAUCCAAUUCAACAUUUAUUAACACAAUAAAUCAGCAAGACUUACAAGUAAAUAAACAUGAUAAUAUAAAAGUAUAUAAAGAAUAA